CUCAGAUCAGCUGAUUUCUACGCUGCCAUUUUGUCCGCGGUAGUAGGCAGGCAGCGAGCUGAGCAAAGCCCCUACACAUUCAAGAAAAGCUGAAUAAUAAAAAAGACGACGAUAUGAGUUGGAUGUCAAGGCUCAGCGGUUACUGAGAUUUUUGUUGUUGCCAAUUUCAUGGAUAUAUCGGACUAAAUACGUUAAAUUCAGUUGUUCCUCGAAGGAAGCAGGGUUGAGACAGAACCCGAACCGUAUACUAGGUAGCUAGCUAGUGUUGUGUUAGCAGGAAGGCUAGCCAACUGGCUGCUGUCUUGUAUCCGUCUACCACUAGCCUGAAGCGCAAGACAAGUUGGCAAGCUUGACAGUUUAAUUUUGCCCAUUUCCGUUCGUUAUGUUUCGCUCAAAACCAAGGGACUGGUCUGUUCGAGGUAGCCUAAACACACAAAACGUCAGUGGAAGUUGAAGUCAAGAGCUCGGAAGAAGGAUUUUAUUUUAGCGAACGUUAGCUAGUAACUGUUAGCUAGCUUGGCUAAACUGUGAUCAUAAGUCUGGGCACAUAGCUAGCUCGCCAGUGAGCUCUGGUCUUGUUAAUUGACAGUAGGUAUCCAGCUAGCUAGCGAUGUUUAUAUGUAGCCAGCGAGCUGACAUUUCUGUUUACAAAUUGUACAGUGGGACUCUUUCCUGGUUCGAAUGCAGCAACGGAAAUAUUAGCUAACACAAGCUAGUUCACUUGUUAAUGUCAAUUGUCAACGUUUUUUUUUACUAUACAGAAUACCUUGUUAAUUAUAGCUAACGUUAACUAGCUAGAUAAUUGUUCACUGAUUUGCCUAUUCAAGCCAAUCAAAUAUUGUGUGUCCGGUUUUUUUUUGCCAGCCAGCUGGUAGCUAAACCCCCAGGUUUGCGGUUGCAACAAAUACCUAAAAUUAGCCUGACAUUUUUCAACGAUACUGGGCUAGGACGUCAUACCACUUCUUAUUUUUUCACGGAACCGAUUGACGUGGCCUGAAACCUCCACACUCUUGUCAUAACUGGUGUUACGCACGUCAGCUAAUAUCCAAUCAGUGGACAUUGUGUGUAUGUGUUUAUCAUCUAGCUAAUUAUUGUGGGUUUUGUAGCGAAACAGUGAAACACAAUGUCAGGACAGUCUAUAACGGAUCGCUUCGCAGCGGCACAGCACAGCAUGACCGGGUCUGCUAUCAGUAAAGCCGUGUGCAAAGCCACGACGCACGAAGUCAGCGGCCCCAAGAAGAAACACCUUGAUUACCUGAUCCACUGCACCAAUGAGAUGAACGUGUCGGUCCCCCAGCUGGCUGACACCCUGUUUGAGAGGACAGCCAAUAGUAGCUGGGUGGUGGUCUUCAAAGCUUUGAUCGCUACACACCACCUCAUGAUGUACGGCAAUGAGCGUCUUAUCCAGUAUCUGGCUUCUAGAAACACCCUCUUCAACGUGAACAACUUCUUGGACAAAGGUGCUUUGCAAGGUUAUGACAUGUCUACAUUCAUCCGUCGGUACAGCCGCUAUCUGAAUGAGAAAGCCAUGUCUUACAGACUGGUGGCUGUGGACUUUACCAAGAUGAAGAGGGGGAUUGACGGCGUAAUGCGUACCAUGAGCACAGAGAAGCUCAUCAAGACCUUGCCUAUUAUCCAGAACCAACUAGACGCACUGCUAGACUUCCAGGCCAACCCUAAUGAGUUAACUAACGGAGUCAUCAAUGCAGCCUUUGUACUGUUGUUCAAAGACUCCAUCCGUCUGUUUGCUGCCUACAACGAGGGAGUCAUUAACCUACUGGAGAAGUAUUUUGAUCUGAAGAAGGGUCAGUGUAAAGAGGCGUUGGACAUCUAUAAGAAGUUCCUGUACAGGAUGACCAAGCUGUCUGAGUUUCUCAAAGUAGCAGAGCAAGUUGGAAUAGAUCAGGGUGAUAUCCCCGAUCUCUCACAGGCAGCUAAAGGAUCAUGCAUUGCCCCCAGUAGUCUCCUGGAGGCUCUGGAACAACACCUAGCCUCUCUGGAGGGGAAGAAGACCAAGGAGCUCAGUGCUGACACCAGAGCGUCCACCCUGUCCAGUGCGGUGACUUCUCUGUCCAGUACAGGCAUGUCGUUCAGCCGCAUGGACGAGAAGGAGAGGCAGCAGGCCCUAGUGGAGGAGCAGGCCAGACUGCAGGCCCUCAAGGACCAGCGUCUGAAGGAGAUAGGCGUGUCCACUCCUCCCUCUGCCUCCCCCAGUACACAGUCUAUGGGCAGUGUCAACACCAACCAGGCCAUGGAGCUAUUCAACACACCAUCCACCAAUAGUAUGCCCAACCUCAGUAGUGAUCUGUUUGACCUGCAGCCAGUCUUCAUCCCUGCUGUCCAGAGCACUCCUUCCAUCUCUACAGCUGCCAGUGCCUGGGGAGGUGCUGCUGCGCAAGCUGAGUCCUCCAUAAGUGUAGAUUUUGACGCUGUGUUUGGGGGCGGGGCUAGAGGAAUAGCCAAUAACGGCGUGCAGCCAGCCGCCGAUGGGUUUGAUGCUCUAGGGGACCUGCUGAAGCCCACAGUGUCCAACCAUAACCAGGCUCCCCCCAUGGCCCUCCACCACCCUCACCCCGGUCAGCCCCAUCCAGGGUACCAUCCAGGGUACCAUCCAGGGUACCAUCCAGGGGGCAAGCUGCUGGCCAACGACCUGGACUCCUCCCUCGCCAACCUCGUAGGCAAUCUGCAAUUCGGAGGAGCCCCAGCCAAGAAUUUGUCUCUGUGUGCUCCGGUGUUCAGGCCAGACAUGCAGUGGAGCCAGCCUGGAGAGAAGAGGCUAACUGGGGGACACAACUGGCAGAGCAAGACCAUGACUUCCACCACAGCCUGGAACCCUGCUCCAAUGGCCCCCGCACCCAUGCCUGUACAACACGUGAAUGGGAUAUUCUAUGCCGGUUAUGCUCCAGCUCCUAUGGCUUUCCCCAUGACCACACCGCAAGUGCCUAUGUAUGGAAUGGUCCCUCCUCAGAUGGGUCAGAUGGGGGGUGUACAGGUGAUGGCCCCCCAGCCCAUGAUGUACAACCAGCCUGUACUCAGACCCAACAACCCCUUCGCCCCCAUGCCUGGAGCCCAGAUGCAGUUCAUGUAAUUUUAUCGGGGGGUGGGGGGCAGAGUGCCAAAAGUGACGGCCAAAAAAAACACACAGUGAACAAACGAAGAAUAGAGGAACGAAUGAAUGAAAGACGGAGGGACAGACAGAAGAAAUACCAACCAACACCAAAUACAGAGAGGAGAGGGA